AUGGCACCUACUGUCCCCCUCGAGAACUUCGCCGCCCGCGCCACCGGGAGAACCAAGACUGCCCUGGCUCUUCGCCCAAUUAUCAUGGAGCGCGACGAGAGGUCUGGCCUGGAGCCCCUCCGUCGACUCGUCUCUCGAAGCUCCUCCGAGGAUGGCUCCGACAAGAUGAUCAACAUCCUCAUCGCCAUCCUCGUUCUCGCCUUUGUCUCCAUCAUCCUCGUUUCCACCCUCUACUUCUUCCGCCGCUCUCGCCGCAUGCAGAAGCUCCGCAACGAGUCCCUACCUACCUACAACGAGGCCAGCAAGGAGCCCAUGCUCCAGCACAGCCUCACCAUCGAGACCAAACACAACGGCCGCUCCAGCGUCAUCGUCAUUGGCCGCGACGGCCAGCCUAUGCUGCAGAACCCCAAUUCGCCUCCCGACUCUCCCGACAACGUCCCCGAGAUCCACAUCACCUUCCCCGACGAGCACGACGACGAAGGUCAGCGCAAGAGUGGCCGCGUUCUCAUUGUCAGAGUCGGCGACAAUGCCGCUGUUGGCCUUGAGCCAGUGCGAGAAGAGCAGCUGCCCGCCUACGAGAAGGAGGCCAAGGGCCAGUUCCAGUCCAUCGACAUGAACAAGAUUGGUGGACUGAAGGAGAAGGACCGCGACAUGUUUCAAUAA